AGACCGUCGGCCCGGCCGGCACGGGGCGCCUCUCCAGUCCCCCGCCGCCGCGUUCCCCGCGCCCCUGGCAUGUCCCUGCGGUCCCGGCGCCCGCCUGCCUGAGCCCGAGCCGCCGGCGCAGGUGGCCGCGUUCCCUCCGUCGGCGCCCGGAGCCGCAGCCUCGGUGCGCGCCCCCUCCCCGGGCCGGUCUCCCGCACUGCCGCCCGCCGCCGGCCGGUCCGCCAUGCAGGCGCGGGCGCUGCUCCUGGCCGUGCUGGCCGCCCUGGCGCUGGCCCGGGAGCCCUCGGCCGCGUCGUGCCCCGUGCGCUGCGACGUGUCGCGGUGCCCGAGCCCCCGCUGCCCCGGCGGCUACGUGCCGGAUCUCUGCAACUGCUGCCUGGUGUGCGCCGCCACCGAGGGCGAGCCGUGCGGCCGCCCCGUCGACUCGCUGUGCGGGGAGAGCUUGGAGUGUGUGCGCGGGCUGUGUCGCUGCCGCUGGGCGCACGCUGUGUGUGGCACCGACGGGCACACGUACGCCAACGUGUGCGCGCUGCAGGCGGCCAGCCGCCGCGCGCUGCAGCUCUCCGGGACGCCCGUGCGCCAGCUGCAGAAGGGCGCCUGCCCAUCGGGUCUCCACCAGCUGACCAGCCCGCGGUACAAGUUCAACUUCAUUGCCGACGUGGUGGAGAAGAUUGCGCCGGCUGUGGUCCACAUAGAGCUCUUCCUGAGACACCCUCUGUUUGGCCGCAACGUGCCCCUGUCCAGCGGCUCAGGCUUCAUCAUGUCGGAGGCGGGCCUGAUCGUCACCAACGCGCACGUGGUGUCCAGCACCAACACCGUCUCGGGCCGGCAGCAGCUCAAAGUGCAGCUGCAGAAUGGGGACACCUACGAGGCCACCAUCAAGGACAUCGACAAGAAGUCGGACAUCGCCACCAUCAAGAUCCACCCCAAGAAAAAGCUCCCGGCGCUGCUGCUGGGCCACUCGGCAGACCUGCGGCCCGGCGAGUUCGUGGUGGCCAUCGGCAGCCCCUUCGCCCUGCAGAACACGGUGACCACCGGCAUCGUCAGCACAGCCCAGCGGGAUGGCCGGGAGCUGGGCCUCCGGGACUCAGACAUGGACUACAUCCAGACGGACGCCAUCAUCAACUACGGGAAUUCCGGGGGACCGCUGGUGAACCUGGACGGUGAGGUCAUUGGCAUCAACACGCUCAAGGUCGCAGCCGGCAUCUCCUUUGCCAUCCCCUCAGACCGCAUCACGCGCUUCCUCUCAGAGUUCCAGGACAAGACUGGCAAAGACUGGAAGAAGCGCUUCAUCGGCAUCCGGAUGCGGACCAUCACGCCAAGUUUGGUGGAGGAGCUAAAGGCCAGUAACCCAGACUUCCCGGCAGUCAGCAGUGGGAUUUAUGUGCAAGAGGUUGUUCCGAAUUCACCUUCUCAGAGGGGGGGCAUCCAGGAUGGAGACAUCAUCGUCAAGGUCAACGGGCGGCCCCUGGCCGACUCGAGCGAGCUGCAGGAGGCCGUGCUGACCGAGUCCCCCCUGCUGCUGGAGGUGCGGCGCGGCAAUGAGGACCUGCUCUUCAGCAUCGCGCCCGAGGUGGUCCUGUGAAGGUGGGGCCGUCUCCCCCAGCCCCGCCCAUCGCCAAGGACCGGGGCCCGCAGGCCGGCUCCCUCCAGAGCCGCUGCCCCCGCGGGAUCAGGACGAAGGACCCGGGUCGGUCCUCAGCACAGCCAGCGGACUCUUCCCGGCAUCCAGGACCGGAGCCACAGGCUGGCUGGGCUUCACCGGGGGCCCGCAUCUCAGCCGCGUCACAGUGCCCCCACGCCACCCCCAAAUGCUCCGGGGGGCCCCCACAUUCCCAGAUCUAGAAGACUCUCGUAUUCCCCCCAAAGCCCCUCCUCUCUCCCACCUUCCUGCCUUUGCACCCAUCCGUAGGGUACUUCUCUGUAAACGCCUGCCGUUCCUUCCCCACCCGCACCUCCCCAGCUCUCGCUGAUCAGGUCUCAGGCCCCCAGCCUCCUCCUCUCCCUGGGGUGCCCCUCUGCCCCCCACAGCACAGCGCCCAUCACCUUAAAUGACCAGGGCUGUCUGCCUGGCUCACCUGCCCCCACUGAGGAGUCCAGUGUGGUGGGUCUGGCCGGAAGCUGGCACUGUGAAGCAUCCCCUGAUGACCUAGCCGAGCCCUAGGGCUUGGCGACCAGCCCCGGCCUCCCAGGUGGGAGAGAAGCAAGCAGAGAGAGAGCAGAGGGUGUCUCCCACCCCCACCUCCCGGGAGGCUGGCCUGUCCUCCCGGAGAAGACCCUGGGGUGGGGUGGGGACUGCGGAGGAAGCUGGGACCCGCGGGCAAGGGGAGGCGAGGACUGAGCCGCUGGCCUCCCCAGCUGUUCUGCGGGUAGCGGGGACUCAUGGCAUCCCCAGGAGCUCAGGUGGCCCCCUCUCGGUGGGGAGCCUGUUUCCAGGUGACUCCGUGAGCUCCCCAGUGCAGUCUGGUCCCCGAGUUGCUUGUACUGUAUGUUUCUCUACUGUAUGGAAAUUAAAGUUUACAAGCACGUG